GAGCCACACAUUGGCUGUGGCACAGUGAAGAAGAAGAAGCAGCAGCAGCAGCAGCAGCAGAAGGAUCCGACCUGUGGACGCCUUAGCCUUCAUACGCAUCAUGGGCAUCAAAUUCCUAGAGGUGAUAAAGCCCUUCUGUGCCGUGCUGCCAGAGAUCCAGAAACCCGAACGAAAAAUCCAGUUCAGAGAGAAGGUAUUAUGGACUGCCAUCACUCUCUUCAUAUUCCUGGUGUGCUGCCAGAUCCCUCUCUUUGGGAUCAUGUCCUCAGACUCCGCGGAUCCUUUCUACUGGAUGAGAGUAAUUCUGGCCUCAAACAGAGGUACGCUGAUGGAGCUGGGUAUCUCGCCUAUUGUCACCUCGGGCCUGAUCAUGCAGCUACUGGCCGGAGCUAAGAUCAUCGAAGUCGGAGACACACCAAAGGACAGAGCCCUCUUCAAUGGAGCUCAGAAAUUGUUUGGAAUGAUCAUCACCAUUGGUCAGGCCAUCGUAUAUGUAAUGACCGGCAUGUAUGGAGAUCCCUCAGAGAUGGGAGCUGGAAUCUGUUUGCUCAUCAUCAUUCAGCUGUUUGUAGCUGGGCUCAUUGUGCUGCUGCUGGAUGAGUUGCUCCAAAAGGGUUACGGUCUUGGCUCAGGAAUCUCACUGUUCAUUGCCACCAACAUCUGUGAGACGAUCGUCUGGAAGGCCUUCAGCCCCACAACCGUGAACACUGGAAGAGGAACCGAGUUUGAGGGAGCCAUCAUUGCUCUUUUCCAUCUGCUGGCGACUCGCACAGACAAAGUGCGCGCUCUGAGAGAAGCGUUCUACAGACAAAAUCUGCCAAACCUCAUGAACCUCCUCGCCACAGUAUUCGUCUUUGCUGUAGUGAUAUACUUUCAGGGAUUCAGGGUGGAUCUGCCCAUCAAGUCCGCUCGCUACCGUGGCCAGUACAACACCUACCCCAUCAAGCUCUUCUACACCUCCAACAUACCCAUCAUCUUGCAGUCUGCUCUGGUCUCCAACUUAUACGUUAUCUCCCAGAUGCUCUCCACACGUUUUAGUGGCAAUUUCCUGGUUAAUUUGCUUGGAACUUGGUCUGACGCAACGUCAAGUGGCCCAGCCCGUGCCUAUCCUGUGGCUGGUCUCUGUUACUACCUCUCCCCACCGGAGUCGUUCGGCUCAGUUCUAGACGACCCGGUUCACGCGGCCAUCUACAUCGUCUUCAUGCUCGGCUCAUGUGCAUUUUUCUCCAAAACCUGGAUUGAAGUCUCUGGCUCCUCUGCUAAAGAUGUGGCAAAACAGCUGAAGGAGCAGCAGAUGGUGAUGAGGGGACACAGAGAAACCUCCAUGGUGCAUGAACUGAACAGGUACAUUCCUACGGCUGCUGCCUUUGGUGGACUGUGUAUCGGUGGUUUAUCGGUGAUGGCGGAUUUCCUCGGAGCCAUUGGCUCUGGCACCGGUAUCCUGCUGGCUGUCACCAUCAUCUAUCAGUACUUUGAGAUCUUUGUUAAAGAACAGAGCGAAAUGGGCAGCAUGGGGGCCCUGUUCUUGUAGAGAAGCCAAUAUCCUCUCACCUUCAACCAACUUUUUAUUAGGACGAUCAACCUUGCAAUAUUUUUUCCAUCCAUGUGAAGCGCCUCCAUCGUCAGCUCUCCAGUUGCAGGAUAGUGCUUGAGGAACCUCCUUAGGAAUCUCGGUUGAAACAGGACGUUGGUACAACUCCACAGCUUGUUGCUCCCUUUACAUAUCUUCCAACGUAUCUUCUCAACAAAACAAAAAAGACAUUUCAGUUGUAUUUCAUCAGGUUUUCUAACUGACUCGAGAUCAAAGCCCUCCAUGUUUCUUGUUAAGGCUUCAUUUGGGUAUCAAAUGAAGUCCUGUGGGAGUUUGGUUCUUAUUUCAGAGCGACGUGAGCGCUUCAGUAUGCAGGCACACUCGACUUGGAGGAUGUCGAUCAACUGCCUGCUGUGUGCGUACAAGCCACGCUACCAUCUGCUUCAUGUUAAUUUAGUUUUCACUUUUACUCUCAACUUUAUUUUAUUUUUCUCUUGACCUGUCACUCGGGUAAAAGUGUGGAAGAGAACUGAACUGUCAGACUGUUGUGUACUGUACAUUUUUCUGUGACUCUGUUUUAGGUUUUAUUUGAACAGGGUCUUGUAAGAAGAGGAUGUGAAGCUCAUAUUGGGCUCCAGCUGUCAAAUGAAACUGUUCAUCGUAUGACUGUGAACAGUCAUACGAUGAACCAUUCAUGUCUUAAUGUAUGGCAUUCCCAGGGAGCUGCAGUAUUAACACACGUCACAUUCACUCUUGUUACCCAUGUUUUGUUUUGAUUUUUAAUUGUUUGCUUUAAGCAUUCUUUAAUUAAUCACUUUUUCCGACGCAACAUAUUAUUAUUUCUGUACAUAGGCCAUGCAUUGAAAAAAUGUUGAGUUCGUAUUAAGUGUAAGAUAAAGUCUUUUGAAUAUGUAAAAAAUAAACACAUUUCAGAACAAACUUAUAUAAAAACAAAA